GCAUUGCAGCCGCCGCGGUGCCGCUCGGCUCCUCACUCCCAACAAUGGCGGCUCCGAGCCCGAGCGGCGGCGGCGGCUCCGGGGGUGGCAGCGCCAGCGGCAUCCCGGGUCCCGUAGGGUCCCCGGCGCCCGGGCACCCGGCCGUCAGCAGCAUGCAGGGCUUUCAGAUAAACUUCUGUGAAAAGGCACAAAGUAAACGCAAAGCACUGAAGUUGAAUUUUGCAAAUCCGCCAGUCAAGUCUACAGCCAGGUUUACUCUGAAUCCCAACACGACAGGAGUCCAAAAUCCACAUAUAGAGAGACUGAGAACACACAGCAUUGAGUCGUCAGGAAAACUGAAGAUCUCCCCCGAGCAACUCUGGGAUUUCACUGCAGAGGAUUUGAAAGACCUUGGAGAGAUUGGACGAGGAGCUUAUGGUUCUGUCAACAAAAUGAUCCACAAACCCAGUGGGCAGAUAAUGGCAGUUAAAAGAAUACGGUCAACGGUGGAUGAAAAGGAGCAAAAACAACUUCUUAUGGAUUUGGAUGUAGUAAUGCGGAGUAGUGAUUGCCCCUACAUUGUUCAGUUUUAUGGUGCACUCUUCAGAGAGGGUGACUGUUGGAUCUGUAUGGAACUCAUGUCUACCUCGUUUGAUAAGUUUUACAAAUAUGUAUAUAGUGUAUUAGAUGAUGUUAUUCCAGAAGAAAUUUUAGGCAAAAUCACUUUAGCAACUGUGAAAGCACUAAACCACUUAAAAGAAAACUUGAAAAUUAUUCACAGAGAUAUCAAACCUUCAAAUAUUCUUCUAGACAGAAGUGGAAAUAUUAAGCUCUGUGACUUUGGCAUCAGUGGACAGCUUGUGGACUCCAUUGCCAAGACAAGAGACGCUGGGUGUAGGCCAUAUAUGGCACCUGAAAGAAUAGACCCCAGUGCAUCUCGACAAGGCUAUGAUGUCCGCUCUGAUGUCUGGAGUUUGGGAAUCACAUUGUAUGAGUUGGCCACAGGCCGAUUUCCUUAUCCAAAGUGGAAUAGUGUAUUUGAUCAGCUAACACAGGUCGUGAAAGGAGACCCUCCACAGCUGAGCAACUCUGAGGAGAGGGAAUUCUCCCCAAGCUUCACCAACUUUGUCAAUUUGUGCCUUACGAAGGAUGAAUCCAAAAGGCCAAAGUAUAAAGAGCUUCUGAAACAUCCCUUUAUUUUGAUGUAUGAAGAACGUACUGUCGAGGUUGCAUGCUAUGUGUGUAAAAUCCUGGAUCAAAUGCCAGCAACUCCCAGCUCUCCCAUGUAUGUUGAUUGAUACCGCUGCUACAUCAGACUCUAGGGAAAAGGGCUGAGAGGAAGCAAGACGUAACGAAUUUUCAUCCUGUUAUCACAGUGUUUUUAAUUGCUCGCCCAUACACCAUGUGCAAUAAGAUUGGUGUUCGUUUCCAUCAUGUCUGUGUACUCUGUCACCUAGGACCUGUAUCCCCGUAAUGCCCGAUUGAUCACCCAGUGUUAAUGCUGGUCAGAGAGACCUCGUCCUGCUCUUUCCUGAUGAGCCUACUCAUGAAACAUGGAAGCCGUACGAUCGAGUUGUUGACUGUGAUGAGAUCACAUCUGAAAUCCAUUUCUAGACUUGAAACCUGGAGAUGCAGCUAUUGGAAUGGGGUUUUCCUCAUGUGACUUCCAAAUCCUGGAAGGGCAUAGUGGUGGAUAUUUGAACAUAGUCUCCAGGGCUUGAGUGAUGAGAAGCGCUUGCACAGCUGGUGAUACACAUUGCCUUUCUGGAACUGGGAGGAAUUUUACUUGUUCUUCACCAAGUGCAAUAGAUUGACUGAUUUGAUUGAUAUUCUGUUGCUUUACCAGUCCCCGUUGAUGUUUAGGGAAAUGAUGUGCUCAGCCAAAAUUCCUGUUUGAUAUACGAUGUUAAAUUAGAAUGAAUUUAUCUUUACCAAAAACAAAAAUCAUGUUAUGUUCCAAGAGGUGAACAUUAAAAUAUGAAGAUAGGA